CAAAGUAUUAGCUACAUUUCUGUGAGGUUGACAAUCACCUUUUUAACAUGUCAGGAAUUAUAUGUGUAAUUCUCUUUAAUGGGUGUUACAAAUGUUCAUCCCACACUGAAAAAAGAUCACAGUCGGUAUGAGUAAUAACUUUUUUCUUGAACAUAAAUAGUUCCCCUCUAGCUCUGUACAUAUCCUCCAACAUCAAUGUAACCACAGCUGUCAAGGCAGCCUCACCUCCUUCUACGUAUAUUUUAGCUUUAAUUUUUUUCCCAUGCUUUCACUUAGUGGACUUUUUUUUUUUUUUUUUUAAGGGGCCUAAACCUGUUCUCCAAUUUUGUGGGCAAAUUCACUGCAAUAACAGAUCUCCGUGUUUAGACAUCUUUAAACAUUAUUAUUAGCAUGCAAGAAAUUAGAGACCUACAUCAAGAUCUGGAGGUUUGGGUUUUCUAAUUGCAAGUGAAUUUCAGACGAUAGUUUCUCUCAUUUAAGGAUCAUUGUUAAGUCCUCCUUUUGCACAGGCAGUAGCAGUCCGCCUUCCACCAGCUUCGGCACAGGCUCAGCAGUCGCCUGCUAUGUGUACCUGGCCAGGGCGACCAAGGGCGAGGAUGCAAGAGCUCAGUGCCCAGGCAUGGCAAUGGGCUGGAGCGGCAUGUGUCCCUUCUGGUCCCCAGUGGGGAUAUGGGAUAUAGGGAUAUGUCUUUCUGGGACCCAGCGGGGAUGUGUUCCAUGUUUCCUCAGAGGUGAAGCACACGUCUCCUCCAUAAGCACUCCACCUCCCCUCGAAGCACCCGUGUCUCUCCCGUUAAGUCUGCAAUGUCCUCUGAGGUGAAGCGCCUCUGUCCCAUCAGAGGCUUAACACCCAAUGUCCCCUCAGAGGCGAACCACUCCAAGUGCCCUCAGAGACAAGCACCCAUGUGCCCCGGAGCCACGGCGACGGGCGCAGCCACGCAGCCCCCCCCCCCCCCCGCCGCGCCACCUCAGGCAGAGACUCCCCAGCGCCUCUGAGCCGCCCCGCCGAGAGCUCUCGGGGCGGGGAGAGGGGAGACGGGACGGGACCCCGGGGUGCCGGAGCGGGCGGCAGAUGGCGGUUCGCCAGCCGGCGGCAGGCCUAACGAACUGAGAGGCCGCGGUGCCCAGCCCCGCGGCGGGCCCGGAACGCAAGUGCCAGGGCUGCCGUUUCCAGGCCGGGCCGCUGCGUCGGCGCUCGGCGCGGCUGCCAUGGUGUGGGCACUGGAGCGCCUGCCGGCAUGGACGAGGAGGCCACGAGAGAUUUUAAUGAACGCUGUGCCCAGUGUUCAGAAGUGAACUGGGGUCUCACUGAUGGAGGCAGAUUUUAUUGCAGAUCUUGCCACAAUGUUACUGAGAGAACUAGAGAAGUUGUAAACACUGAUUUUAUUACUAACACGCGAGUCCAAACAAUCUCCAAAGGUUCAAGAAAGCAGGAAAAAACUGAUGGAGGCUGUGAAUGGUAUGUUUGUGAAGGCUUUCAGCUUGUACUCAAGAAACAAGCUGAAGCUUUAGAAGCAUUAGGAGUAUGUCCACAAAUGAAGGAUGAAGUUCUAUGGAAUUUUUGGAGGUGUUACCUUCAGAGGAGCAAACAGGCAUACUGCAUCCGACCAGCUGGGGAGACUGUCAAAGCAUUAUCACCACAGGUAUGUGAUAGCAGUACUGAUGUGGACAGUGAUCCAGAGAGGCCUAGCCUUCUUCACGUGCUGUCCCUCUCUGAAAGUGAGGGGGAUCUGCAGACCGAUAACAGCUUUGCCUCGUCAACUAGCAAGGUCUCAGAAUGCACCUCUUUGUGCUCUGGAUCAGUAGAUGGUAGCUUGUAUUUAAAGAAGAACCAAAAGGAGAAACUGAGGAUGACAAUGCCAAUGACCCUUUCAUUCUGUUACAUGGCAUUACUCUGGCUGAGAGAACCAGUGACAUUAUCUGACCUCUUAAGGUUUGUUGUUGAAGGUCAUAUUCCAUAUUUGAAUGUUUUCCAGCAUUUUCCGGAGAAGAUGAAAUUAUGUGGAGUUGAUCUUAAGAUCUUUUGUGUAGAGUCAUGGCCUGCAUAUGAAGAAGUAUACAACAAAAUGCUUGAGCUUGCAGUGUUUUUAGAACUGCCUCGUUUUCCAGAUAUAACAGACAGCUGCUUUCUUCAUCCAGACAUGUUGUGCAUGAAGUACUUGAUGGAAGCUAAUUUACCUGAUGAAUUGCAUAAUUGGACUUGUCGAGUGGUGAAAAAGAUCGGUAUUGGAGAUGUGGAUUUCCUGACUCUUGUGCCUGGAAAUAAGUCAACAGCAAAAGUGAAAUACGACAUUCUUGCUGCAGCAGUUAUUGUAGUUGUGCUCAAAUUAUUGUUUUUAUUAGAUGAUAAGUAUGAAUGGUUACUUUCAGACUUUGCUGAAGAAAGAAAUAAAAACAACAAAGAAGGUGACCCAUAUUUUGAGUUCCAAAAGUGGUACAAGGUGAUAAAAUGUUCCUUGGAUGCGAAGCAAAAGAAAUUAGAUGAAGAAAGAGCCAAGUAUUUGUGGAGAUGUGAAAAGCCACUGUUUUAUUCAGCCAAGAUGAAAUCAAAAGUUCUUAAGAGAAGACAAAUGGUUGUGAACUUACAAAAUCAGUUUGGCAAGCUGGCUGGUUCCGUGCGACCUGCUGAAAAGCCAAAUCCUUCAAGUUUUCAGUUAAGUUGGUCAGAAGAAAACACAGAUGGGAGUUGUUUUCACGGGCAUAGCCUGAAGGGAAUUUUGCAAGAAAAAUGUGGUUUACUUAAACCCAUGAACCCUGACUAUUGGCUGUGUACAGUUAAACUAUGCACUGAGAGAUCAUGUGGUCAUCUGGCUCAUUACUCCAGAGAAGAGGACUUUCCCCAGAGUUACCAUUUUGUACUAAGGUUAUUCUCCUUUCUUCUGAGGAUACAGCCUUCUUAUAUCCAUGACGAGGUGUGUGUGAUAGAACAGAAACUUUUUAAUAAAAAAUUCUAUAAAAAAGCCAAAAUACAGCACAGGUCUAAGGAAAUAAAAAGGCCUAAAAAUAACAUUAUUAAAACCAUGUAAACUAGUUGGUUCGAUCCCAAACCAUGAUAUUACAUCUAAGGUGGAACUGAUCCUUUUGCCUGCCUGCAAAUUUUCUGUUAAGAUUGUACUGCUGAGACCUACUACUGUACUUUAGUUGUAGUGACAUUUUAUCUAUAAUUGAAGUCACUGGUUUCCAGCUGGGAAAGUUACUAAGGAAACUGUUUAUUGCAAUUUAUUUCCUCACUUUGCAUCAGAGCCAACAGGAAGCUAUGAAAUUACCAUGUUUUUUGGCAUAGUUAUACAUGCUUCGAGUGUACUGGACAGCACAUUGGCAUCUAAUUACAUUGCGAGACUUUGCAAUUAAGAUAUUUAUUUUUUUACCUACUAUUGUAUGACAGCAAAUAUAUUUCUAGAAAGUAAUGUUUACUUUGUUUUGAAAUAGUGUGUUAACAAAUAAAAGGAGCAGUUGGUUGAUGUUUUCA